AUGCUCUUGGCGGUCCUUCUCCUCAUCGUCCUUCUUGGUCUCUUGCUACUCCAGGGCCACUUCAACUCUAGGGGCCGCCUUCCUCCUGGACCCUGGCCUCUGCCCUUCCUGGGAAACAUUUUGCAAAUAAACCAUAAGGGUUUGCUCAAGUCCUUCCAGACGCUUCGUGAGAAAUACGGGGAUGUCUUCACGGUCUACCUGGGUUCCAAGCCAGCUGUCAUCCUGUGUGGGUAUGAGGCAGUGCGGGAGGCCCUGGUGGAUCAGGCUGAGGCUUUCUCUGGCCGAGGACCCAUCGCCAUCAUUGAUCCCAUCCUCCAGGGAACUGGGGUGACUUUUGCCAAUGGAGAGUCCUGGAAGGCACUGCGACGAUUCUCUCUAGCGACCAUGAGGGACUUUGGCAUGGGGAAGCGGAGCAUUGAGGAAAGAAUCAAGGAGGAGGCUCAGUGUCUGGUGGAGGAGCUGCGGAAGUCCCAGGGGGCCUAUCUGGAUCCCACCUUCCUCUUUCACUCCAUCACGGCCAACGUCAUCUGCUCCAUCAUCUUUGAUGAGCGUUUCAGUUACCAGGACCCCAGAUUCUUAAGGCUGCUGCAUUUACUGAGUGACAUCUUCACCAUCGUUAGCUCUUUCUACAGUCAGGUGUAUGAACUCCUCUCUGGUGUCUUGAAAUACUUCCCUGGGCCCCACACUCACCUGAACAAUAAAAUUCAAGAAAUUAAUAGUUUUAUCAACGAGAAUAUUGAGAGGCACAAGAGAACCCUGGACCCCAGCAACCCCAAGGACUUCAUCGAUUCCUACCUGCUCCGCAUGGAAAAGGAGCGCUCAGACCCCGACAGCAAGUUUGACCAUAAGAAUCUCGUGCACACUGUGCUCACGCUGUUUUUUGGAGGCACUGAGACAUCCAGCACCACCCUCCGCUAUGGGCUGCUCAUCCUUGUGAAGCACCCAGACGUCAUAGAGAAGGUCCAGGUGGAGAUUGACAGAGUGAUCGGCCCCCACCGCCUCCCCGCCCUUGAGGAUCGCGCCAAAAUGCCUUACACAGAUGCUGUCAUCCGUGAGAUCCAGAGGUUCAGUGACCUCACCCCCCUGAGCGUCCCCCACUGUGUCACAAAGGACACUAACUUCCGGGGCUAUCAUCUCCCGAAGGACACUGCCGUGUAUACAGUCAUGAGCUCUGUCCUCCAUGACCCACACCACUUUGAGAAGCCAGACACCUUCUACCCUGGCCACUUCCUGGAUGCCGAGGGCAAUCUCCGGAAGCCAGAAGCCUUCAUCCCCUUCUCCAUGGGAAAACGCCUCUGUCUGGGUGAGAGCUUGGCCCGCACAGAGCUCUUCCUCUUCUUGACCACGAUUCUCCAGAACUUCUCCCUGAGAUCUCCCCAGGCCCCAGAAGAGAUCGACCUCACACCAAAGGAGUGUGGACUGGGGAAACUGCCCCCUGCCUUCCAGCUCUGCUUCCUGCCCCGCCAGGUAGGGGGUGCAGUGAGGCCCGGGAAAGCCUCCUGA